AUGCAGCUGCUGCAGCAGCAGCAGCAGGUGCAGCAGCACCAGCAGCAGGAUACGCAGGAGCAGCAGCAGCAGCAUGUUCAGCAGCAGCAGCAGAGGCAGCAGCACCAGCAUGUGCAGCAACAGCAGCAGCACGUGCAGCAGCAGCAGCAGAGGCAGCAGCACCAGCAUGUGCAGCAACAGCAGCAGCACGUGCAGCAGCAGCAGCGGAGGCAGCAGCAUGUGCAGCAGCAGCAGCAGCAGCACGUGCAGCAGCAGCAGCAGCAGCACGUGCAGCAGCAGCAGCAGCAGCAGCAGCAGCAAGUGCGGUUCUUGCCUUUCCACACGGACACGCCCCGUGCUGCUGCACGGAGUGCAGCAGCAAACGCGGCGCGAGAGCCACAUCGAACCGCACUGGCUCAAACGCUUCCCCAUCCGGCCUGCAGCAGCAGCAGCAGCAGCAGCAGCAGCAGCAGCAGCAGCAGCACGGGGGGUGAGAGCUGCGCGGAGAAAGAAGCCCUCGGAACAGCAGCAGCGGACGCCGCAGCAGCUGCUGCUGCUGCUGCACGAGCUGACUGCAGCAAGUCAACCGCAGCAAGCUGCGUGGCAGCAGGAGACAGCGGCAGCAAGCAGCAGCAGCAGCAGCAGCAGCAGCAGCAGCAGCAGCAGCAAAGGCAGCAAAGGCAGUACGAGCGCCAGUACGCUGCGCCACUAAAGGCAGAAGCAGCAGCGACAGCAGCAGCAGCAACAGCAGCAGAUACGUGUCCGUCUCUAACGGCAGAAGCAGCAGCGUAG